AUGUCGCUCUCCUCCGCUUCCAGCACUCUGCUGCGCACUUGCGCCCGCCAGCAGCUGUCCACCUCCCGCGCCGCCGUCACCUCCUGCCAGCAGCGGAGGGGAGUCGCCGAUGCGAAGGCCUCGUUCGAGAGCCCCUUCGCCACCGCUAAGGAGCGUGGCUCGACCCUGAAGAUCCCCAAUUUCAGCAAAUACCAGUCCAGCAAUGCUCCUCGUUCCAACCAGGUCUUCUCCUACUUCAUGGCCGGUACUAUGGGUCUGGCUACCGCCGUUGGCGCCAAGGCGACUGUUCAGGACUUCCUCGUCAACAUGUCCGCCUCCGCCGACGUCCUGGCCCAGGCCAAGGUCGAGAUUGCUCUCGGUGCUAUCCCUGAGGGCAAGAACGUCAUCAUCAAGUGGCGUGGUAAGCCCGUCUUCAUCCGUCACCGCACCCAGGAGGAGAUCACCGAGGCCCGCGAGACCAAGUGGGAGUCCCUCCGUGACCCCCAGUCCGAUGACGAGCGUGUGCAGCGCGCCGAGUGGCUGGUCAUGCUGGGUGUCUGCACCCACUUGGGUUGUGUGCCCAUCGGUGAGGCCGGUGACUACGGCGGCUGGUUCUGCCCCUGCCACGGCUCCCACUACGACAUCUCUGGCCGUAUCCGCAAGGGCCCCGCUCCCCUGAACCUCGAGGUUCCCCAAUACAGCUUCCCCGAGGAUGAGACCCUCGUCAUCGGUUAA